UUUAUGUAGUCUCUGUUAUACUUCUAUAGAAACUCUCAACAAUUUAAUUAAUAAAAAGGAAACAGAUAAAAGUUGAUCAUCAUCAUCAUCAAAAUUCGAAGUACAGAGAAAACCCAACUCUAAUCUAAAACUAGGAGGCAGAAGAACAGAAGGGAAGAGCUUCAAUCCAUAAGGCAUAGCAAGGGUUAGAGUGAGUUUACUUGGAAGAAAUAGUGCAUGAUAUGGAGGGAGGACACCCGCCUGCUAGUAAGACAGAGUUCACAGAGUGUUGGAGGACAACAUGGAAGACGCCUUACAUUAUGCGUCUUGCUCUCUCUGCUGGCAUUGGAGGCCUCCUUUUCGGAUACGAUACAGGUGUGAUUUCUGGGGCUUUACUAUACAUUCGUGAGGACUUUCGCGAGGUUGACAAGAAAACAUGGCUGCAGGAAACCAUAGUGAGUAUGGCUAUUGCAGGGGCCAUCUUUGGUGCUGCAAUUGGUGGAUGGAUGAACGACGCCUUUGGCCGGAAGAAGUCAAUUCUAGCUGCAGACUUUGUGUUCUUCAUUGGUGCAAUAGUUAUGGCUGUCGCUCCAGCUCCGUCGGUGAUCAUAAUUGGGAGAAUUCUGGUUGGCUUGGGAGUUGGAAUGGCUUCCAUGACCUCACCGCUCUACAUAUCAGAAGCCUCUCCUGCUAGAAUCAGAGGAGCUCUAGUCAGUACAAAUGGUUUUCUAAUUACAGGAGGACAAUUCUUGUCCUACCUCAUCAAUCUCGCCUUCACCAGGGCUCCUGGAACCUGGCGCUGGAUGCUUGGUGUAGCAGGAGUUCCUGCUUUGGUUCAAUUUGUACUGAUGUUGUCACUCCCAGAGUCUCCCCGAUGGCUCUACAGACAGAAUAAGGCAGAUGAGGCGAGGGCCAUCUCAGAAAAUGAAAUGAAAGCCUUGCAUGAAUCUGUCCAAGCUGAAAAGGCUGAGGAAGGAAAUGCUGGGGAUGGCAUGAUAACAAAAGUAAAGGGUGCUUGGAGCAACCCUGUGGUUCGAAGAGGACUGUAUGCAGGCAUUACUGUUCAAGUGGCUCAGCAAUUUGUGGGUAUUAAUACAGUUAUGUAUUACAGCCCAACAAUCGUUCAGUUUGCUGGAUUUGCAUCGAACCAGACGGCUUUAGCACUCUCUCUUAUCACUUCUGGCCUCAACGUGGUUGGCACCAUUAUCAGCAUGUGCUUUGUGGAUAGAUAUGGGAGGAGAAGGCUGAUGAUUGUUUCUAUGAUUGGGAUUAUCAGUUGCCUGGUAGUGUUAUCUGGAGUGUUUUUCCAGGCAGCAUCUCAUGCUCCACAUAUUAGUAACUUGGAAUCCACUCACUUUGGUAAAAAUUCUACAUGUUCAGCUUAUGGGUCUGCUCCUAAUCCUGGAUCAUGGAACUGCAUGACGUGUUUGCAAGCAGACUGUGGUUUCUGUGCUAACAAAGUCAAUUAUGCCCCGGGAGCUUGCUUGGCUCUUAACGAUGAUAUUAGGAGUUCUUGUCGCCAAGAACAUCGUGUAUGGUACAGCAAAGGUUGUCCAAGCAAAGUUGGGUUAUUUGCAGUGAUUCUAUUGGGAUUGUAUAUCAUUAUCUAUGCACCAGGAAUGGGAACUGUACCCUGGAUUGUCAACUCAGAAAUAUACCCACUGAGAUACAGAGGCACAUGUGGAGGAAUGGCUGCAGUUGCAAAUUGGAGUGCCAAUCUCAUAGUGAGUGAGACCUUCUUGACCCUGACUCAUGCUCUGGGAUCUGCUGGCACCUUCCUCCUCUUUGCUGGCAUUUCUGUCAUUGGACUUGUAGCCAUUUACUUGCUGGUUCCUGAAACCAAAGGGAUGCAAUUUGAGGAGGUUGAGAAGUUGCUUCAGAAAGGCUUCAGACCCAAGCCAUUUGCUUCAAAGGAAAAGCAAAGCAAGAAUUUUGAAUCUUCUUGAGUCAAGCAAUACAAGUCUCUUUAGUCCUCUGAUAUAUGUUCUCUUCAAUGUACUCUAAAACAAUUAUUUUUAUUCUCUAAAAUCAUAUUUUUGGACCAAAGCUGCA